CAGGCAGGCAGGCAGGCGCCAGAAGACCCGGACGGGCACCGGCGGCAAGGCGGAAGGAGGCGGGGGCGAGCGCCCUUUGCCGAGCCUGGCUGCGGCCGGCGGGCAGAGGAGAAAGGCAGCUGCUGCGCUGACCGCGGGGACGGCGCUGAGCUGCCGGUGCCGGGAUGGGCUGCGGCGGGAGCCGCGCCGAUGCCAUCGAGCCGCGCUAUUACGAGAGCUGGACGCGGGAGACCGAGUCCACCUGGCUGACCAACACGGACGCCGAGCCCCAGCAGCAGCCGCUGCCCGCCGCCGGCCAGGAGAGCGGCGACGCCGAGGCCGGCCCGAGGAGCCCCGGAAUUUUGGAGGAUAGCAAAUCAACCCAGACCUGCAUGGCAAAGUCCUCGAUUUCAACUGGCAUGGCUCUCCCUGAAAAAAGAGCUCCAUGUGCUACCCAAUGUACAAAACUAGCACCUCACACCAUUGGAAAUGCAGCCCAGAAGCAACAAAAUAGCUUUAGAGCCUCAGAGGCUAAAUGGGACAAGAAAAAAGCCACAAAAGAAGUUAGUAGUAACACUGCCAAAACAGGCAAAUACAAACAAAUAAAUAGCAACAGAAGAGUCUCAAAGAAUGGUAUCAAUUAAGAGAGCACUGGAGAAGGUGAAUUGAAUAUCUUGCUGCACUUCACCCGACCAUUACAAUGUGAGGAUCAGAAGAGUUACAGUAUUAUGCUGAACGUGGUGGCCAGCUGAUGCUGAGUGCCUUUGGAGAAAUGGUGGACUUCAUCAGCUCUGCAGUUCUCCCAACACUGGAACCUUGAACACUUUUUCUUGUUCUGUACCUGGGUGAGCUGGGCUAGCAAUUAGGAGGUACUGGUUUGUUUUUUAUUUGCCACUUAAGUUAAUUUCCUAUAAAGAAAAAUGUAGAUCAAAGUGCUUCAGACACUGGAAGAGCUUCUCAGAAAUUAUGGUUAUAUGCAACAUAAACUUUUAGAUGCAUGAAAGCUGUUCGUUCAUACAGCCAGGUGAUGACUGAUUGAUUAUGUGCCAUCAAGUCAGUGUUGACUCUUAGAGACCACAGAUACAGAUUUUAUCCAGGAUGGUCUGUUCCCAACCUGGAUCUUCAGUGCUUCUGAUGGUGCACAGUUACCACCUAGAUUAAUUCAAUUUCAGUUUAAAAGGUGUAUCAUCCAGAUCCAAAAUGUGAACCUGUCAAUGGCUGUGUGCAGAAUGGCAUGCUGGUGACUCUGUCAUUAACAUUCGGAGAUACCACAAGAGAGUUCCACAAUUACAGAUAACUUGCUGCUACGUAAAAUAGUCCAUGGCCAAAGUUUGUGUCAUUAAAGAUAAUUGUGUGGUAGGUAUAAAACAUUUAAGAAUGCAGUAUCCCAUUUGGCCAUAUAGGAAGUUUGCACUGGGUUGCUAUGUUAUAGCAGCUUAUUUUGUGAAGUCCAUCCACUCUGCUAAUACAAUAUUGCCUCACAGGAGAGGCCUAAUUCGACCAGUCUGUCAGUCUCUCUGGCAGCUGCCUAAAACCAAAAGUGAUUCUUUUCCAAGAAAAAUUAUCACAGAGUUCCCUAGCAAGAUUUAUUGAGAUGAAAGGGGAGAAUUGCAGCAAGUGAAUUAUAUUCAGUGCAGAUAUAACCUGUAUCUGCAAACAUUAGGGCAGACACUUUCUGAUCUUCUUUCUAACCAUUUUUCUAUGAUUCAGCAAGGAGGUGGGUCUCUACACCGAUAAUGAGGAAAAUUUCAUCUGACUGUGUGAACAAAGCUCAGCUUUGAUAUUUUGAUAAUACAAAGUCUGACUGAAGUGUGAAUUCCACAUUGGCCACUCAUUUAUUCCUGACGAAAAUUAAGCUGCUACGUAAUAGUACAAGUAUGCCAAAUGCAUUGUUUAUUUAUUUACUGUAUUUAGAAGGCUGCCCAAUUCAAAAAGAACUCUGGGUGCCAUAUAAAACAGAUUAAAAACAACAAUUAACAAAAGAUGACACCAACACAGAAAGAUCAAACAUCUUUGAUUUCACUUGGAAGGGCCUAGGGUGACUGAUGUACAAAAUGCUUAAGAAAAUGUUAAAAGGUCUUUUUGAUGGUCAUAGCAGGAAGAAGCAAGCUUUAGGUUGAAAUUUCAUGUGACAGUGCAGGGGAAAGGAAUAAUUUUUUUCUGAGUGACCAUUUUUCAUAUUUACAUGAUACACACUUCUCAAGUGUUUUAAAUCCUGCCCUCGUGGUAAAAACACUUUCUUGUGCACUGUAGACUUAAUAACAUCUUCAAAUGGGGGAGGAAGCAGCAGAUUUAGAUUCAAAAAAGGUACAUCUGAAAAGAUGCCUCUCUGAUGCUGCUUAAAGGAAGAUAAAGGAGAUACAAGAUUAUCUCUUGUUUGUGCUUUUUCAAAGGAGAAGAUUUGUAUAUAUUGGAGUCUCUGACUUUAAUGGAGCAGCAGAGCUGUUUUAAGACAGAGCUAAGUUUUCCAAGCAGAAGUCUUUUUGAUGGGUUGCUAAUCUAUAAAUUAAUAAAAUUUAAAUCAGUAAACAAAUUGAAUAGAUUACUGAAGAGGGUCAAAGGUGAACAAUUAUCAAUGUAUUGAAUGUGAACCUUAAAUAUAGAAGAGACACAAUUUGAAAAUGUAACUAGAAAAAUGUGCACUAUUAAAAGAAAUUGCUUGAUACAGAAAUCCAGUGUUUGAAAUCUAUAUUCAGGUUUUAGUCUUAAUUAUAGUAGUGGCAGGAUUGCAUAAUA